AGAGGAAAUUACCACUACAAACAGGGAAUAGGGGUCGCAUGAUUACUAAUUAUUAUGUUGUACAAAUGAAAAAGCGUUAAUGGAAUGUUUAAAGUACGCUGGGUAGUGAAAUUAAUGUGAAAAAGGAUAUUUUAUUUAAAUAACACGGAUUUUCUGAAGAUUUACAAGAUAUGAUGUAAUAUUUUGCAACCUAGCCAACCCCGAUUUGGACUAGUCCAAAAUGGUGGAACGAUGGUGUGAUGGCUGAUUGUUGUUUACGUUUCAAUUUUGCCGUUUGCUAGGCGUAAAUCUUUACUGUUGACUGUGUUAUGUUUUCUAAACAAGUUGCAAUAAUAGGCGGAGCGGCUGCCGCUGUUUUAGCGAGUGUUUACAUUUUCUGGGGUCCAGGAGAGAGAAGGAAACCCAAGAGGAAAGAUUACUGUCGUGGUCUCGAGAACCUUGGCAACACCUGCUUCCUCAAUGCCGUUCUUCAGUCCUGGGGGGCAUGUCCCACAGUGCUUUGCUGGCUGCACAACUUCCUGUCCCGGAACUCGGAAGCUGGCAGCGUCCGAGACUUACUUGCUGCAUCAAUACUGAAAGUCUUAAAUGUUGUCAAUGACAACACACUAGAUGGCACUGAUCCCUACAGCCCAGGGGAGGUAAUUACGGCUCUGCGACUCAGAAGAUGGGUUAUAUCUCCAGAGGAACAGGAUGCCCACGAGCUGUUCCAGGUGUUGACGGAGACGCUGGAUGAAGAGACAUCCCAGUACCCCAGAGUUGUGUCUCUCUUUGAUGUACAGGCCAUUCAGAACCCUUGCAAUAAAUACCAACCCCAGGGACUUGCCAUGACCCGUAGCCGGGGCCUCCUACCUGUUCUCCCUCACCAGAAAAUGGAACAUCCCUUCCGCGGGCUCCUGGCCAGUCAGCUGCAGUGCAGAGAUUGUGGCCAUCGAUGCCCCGUCAAGUAUGACCUCUUCAAUAGUCUGUCUCUCAGCAUACCAGCCAACUUCUGGGGCCCACUUAGUCUGGACAUGCUACUUCAUCAUUACAUCUGUCCCGAGAUGGUCAAGGACGUCCAGUGUCCAGGAUGUGCCAAACUAGCCGGCACCAAAGAUCCUUCCAUGUCCCCGAAAUCAUGUUUUAAGAAGAAAUUGACUAUAGGAAAGGUGCCCCAAUGUCUGUGUAUCCACAUCCAGCGCACACAGUGGCUCAACAACAGCCUGCCGGUCAAGCGCUACGACUUCAUCUCCUUCCCGGAAGUUCUUCACAUGGACAGCUAUGUCUACAUGAAGGGCAACAGGAAGGACAGUGACAAUAAGAAUGGACUAUUCGGUGGAAAGGACGCAACCCUUGACCUCCUAAGGUUUGGUAGCAAUAAUGGACGUUUCGUUUCGCAAUCAGCUCCCGUCAAUUUAUUACGUGCUCUCAACUACGACAGUCACACGACAAAGAACGGGCUGUUCCUGCAACCACCGUGUCCAUUAAGUCUACCUAACACCCACGGAGACGUCAACCACAACGGACCAGACCUACCCAAACAGACCGAGUUCACCUACAGACUCUCCAGUGUUGUCGCACAUCUCGGAGACGAGGUGUCAGGACAUUUUGUCACAUAUAGACGCAGUCCGUUGUCAGGACAGGCGGGCAAAAGCAGUGAUAAAUGGUUAUAUACAUCCGACGCAAAUGUCCAGAGGGCAUCGAGGGAACAGGUGUUGGGUUCGGAGGCUUAUAUGCUGUUUUAUGAACGGAUUUGACGGAAGGGAGUUUGAAAUUAUUUUCUGUUUGAGAGUGGGAUGUGAGAUUGUGUACGGUAGAUGUAAAUAGUUUGUGUGGUGAGUUGAGAGAUGGAGAUGCAUGGUUGCUGAUGUGGAUAAGUCUCAGAUCUGGGAUGUGAGGAUGAUACGCUGGAGCAUGGUUCACUACACCUCUUUGUAGCAGUCCAAAAAAUAAGGCUGCUUUUAAGGUAUGUCUUUAUUUCAGCUGGUGAUUUUUCUCAGGCUGCUUUGCGAGAAUUUAUUGACCCAUGUUAUUUCAGAUGUCCUUGGGGAAUCGGAUGGCUUAUUCAUACAUUUCUUGUUGAUUGACAGAAAAUUUAUAAUAUAUUGUUAGGACAUGCCUGGUAUUAUAUUACAGUGCUCUGAUGAUACA